CGGCUAACAAAGUAAACCGCCAACAACGUUGUUUACACCAUCGACUACAAUCGCUAGAGUACUGGUCGACACGUCCAAAAUGCCCACCAGAAUCGCCGCCACACGGUCUGCGAGGCCUCCAUCAUCGUCUGGCCGCAAACCGUCUGUGACAAUCAAAGACAACCGCACAGUCUCUGUAGCUGUGCCGCCGUUUCGCUUUGCCGACGCCCAAGAGAAUUCCCUGCGACCGAAGAUUGCUGCAAUCUUCCGCGAUGCGCAGCGUAACACAGCUACCCAUCGCAAGCUCGUCGUGAAUCUGCGCAAGAUCCACGAGACUUGUUGCUAUGAGCCCGCCGAUAAGAUGGCGGACUCGUCCAACGACUCCGACGAGGAAAUAUUCAACAAAGAGUUCAUUCGAUGUGUCUUGCGCAUUAUGCCGAUCAAGAAAGCGGAAGCUGUUGGUGAAAAGUCGAUUCGCUUCAUCGGAUUCUUCCUACGACAUGCGAGCGACAAGGACAACGAACUGGCUGGUGAAGCCGAUGGCGAUUUGAUGCCCGAGACUCCCACUUCACGACUCAUCACGCAAACCCUUGAGGCUGUGGUUCCUCUUAUGUCUGUAAAGGAUAAAUUUGUCCGAUAUCGCUCGACACAGCUCCUUUCACAAAUCAUCAACUCCCUCGACGCGCUCGACGACGAACUCUACCAGACCUUGCUCCAAAGUCUCCUCCGAAGAAUCCGCGACAAGGAAUCCAUGGUUCGCGUACAAGCUGUCCUGGGACUAGGACGUUUGGCCGGUAACCCAUCAGAAGCCAUGUCUAAUUCAGACGACGGUGAUGAGAAAGACAGUGGCUUGCUUGAGAAGCUGCUCCAGGUUCUGCAGAACGAUCCCAGCGCCGAUGUCCGCCGAUCGCUUUUGGUCAACCUUCCUAUUCUGCCAAACACCCUGCCCUUCUUGCUAGAGAGAGCCCGUGACCAAGAUGCGGCUACCAGACGCGCAGUUUACUCGCGCCUCCUCCCCGCACUAGGUGAUUUCCGUCACUUGUCCUUGUCCAUGCGCGAGAAACUCUUGCGAUGGGGCCUGCGUGAUAGAGACGAGAAUGUUCGCAAGGCUGCUGGUAAGCUAUUCCGUGAUCGCUGGAUUGAAGACUGUGCUGGCACGGUGAACCCCGAAGAGUCAGUUCCCAACUUUGACGGCCUUCUUGAGCUUCUAGAGCGCAUUGAUGUUAUCAACUCUGGAGUUGAAAAUGGCGUUGCGCUGGAGGCCAUGAACGGCUUCUGGGAGGGCCGUGGAGAUUAUCGCGAUGCCGUCAACUUCGACGAUGAAUUCUGGGAGACGCUCUCAGCGGAGUCGGCAUUCUUGGCCCGAAGCUUCAACGAAUUCUGCAAGGCUGAGGGCAACAGCAGAAAGUAUGAGUCCCUGGUCGAGGAAAAGCUGCCCGAGGUUACUCGCCUCGCCUUUUACCUUGAAAGAUAUCUCAAUGCACUCAUCGAGUCCCACAAGAAGAUCCAGGCAAACGAAAUGGAUGAGGAGGGUGAAGAUUUGACCGUAGAGCAGGAAUUCAUUGUCGAGCAGCUGCUUCAUAUUGCACUUUCUCUCGACUACUCAGAUGAAGUUGGUCGCCGCAAGAUGUUUACUCUUCUUCGCCAGUCGCUCUCUAUCCCAGAAUUGCCAGACCAGGUUACCAAGCUUACCAUCGAGGUUCUGCACUACAUCUGCUCUCCCGACGCCGCUGGCGAGCGAGAAUUUUGCAGCAUUGUUCUCGAGUCCGUUGCCGAUGUGCACGACACCAUUGUUGAUGAUCUUCCCAUUGAUGAUGUUGACGACAGCUUCCAUUCCGCCAGAUCCGAGGUCAGCGGCCUUAGCACGCCAACUAAGGGUGGACGCAAGGCCAUGAACGCCGAAGAGGAGCGUGAAAGAGCCGUCAAGGAGAUCGUGAUCAACAUGAAGUGUCUUCAUAUUGUGCAAUGCAUGCUUACACAUGUAUCCGGUCAUCUGAAGGACAAUGCGGACUUGGUCUCCAUGCUCAACAAUCUUGUGGUUCCCGCUGUCCGCAGCCACGAGGCACCAGUCCGUGAGCGAGGCCUUGUCUGCUUGGGUCUCUGUGCCCUCCAGGAUCGCUCGCUUGCGGAGGAGAACCUCGGACUGUUUAUUCACUUCUUCAACAAGGGCCACGCUGCCCUUCAGAUCACUGCCCUCCAUAUUCUGACCGAUAUCCUCAACGUCCAUGGAGCCCACCUCUUCUCUUCCACGCCCGCGUUGUUGAAGGUUUAUGUCAAGGCUGUCAAGAGCGGUUCGAAGAGCUCUGAAGUCCAGGCCGCUGCCAUCAUUGCCACCUCAAAGCUGCUGCUGGGUCGUGUUGUAACAGACGAAGAGGCCUGCCAGGAGCUGCUCAAGUCGCUGGUUAUCGCCUACUUUGACCCGGUCUCGGCAUCGAAUCAGACAGUGCGCCAGGCUCUCAACUACUUCCUACCUGUGUUCUGCUACUCCCGCCCAUCUAACCAAGAUCUUAUGCGAUCGAUUUCUUUGGUCGUUCUUCACUCACUUCUCAGCCUACGUGAUGGUCUAGAGGAUGACGAUGAAGUCGAUCCUGAGGAAGACAUGGUUAACAUGACUACCAUCGGCGCGUGUUUGGUUGACUGGACUGAUCCCCGUAAAUGCUACAGCUCAACAAGUCUUCUCGAGCCUGAGAAGAAGUAUGUCAACGGUGAUGUGCACCUUGAUUUUGCCUUGGACAUUAUUGAUCGCCUGCACGGUUCCGUUAACAAGGAAGAAAAGAAGCUCAUUUCUGGCCUGUUCGGCAAGCUUUACGUCUCUCCAGGCUGCACCCCGGAGAAGCUUCGCGAGACGUACGACGAUGUGAGCCAAGCCGUGGAAGACGGCCUCUGCUCAGACGCGACUAGCCGCAACUCACUGUACAAGCUGCAUAUCAGCUUGGGCAAAAUCGUCAACUCUCUUGACGAGCAGCAACCCGGCCCAGCCAUGCGCAGUGUAUCAGCAACACAGGACAGGCAAUCGAGUGAGCACAAGCUGGGAUCAGACGAUCCUAGUAUGAAGGAGGAGUUUGAUGACAGCAAUGGCACCGUUAUUGCAAAGUACGAUAAUAGAGAGACGACGCUGGACGAGGUUACUGCAGCUGUCGGUGACAUCGAUAUGGACGAUGAUUCCAUCUAAGCCGUCUAGUGGCCGGUUGCUUUCAAUGUAUUAAUGAGGAGUAUGGUUUUACAUAUAUAUUUUUAUUUAUUUCUCGAGUUGGUAUAUUUAAAAAGCAGAUAAAAUGCAAUAAUCUAGUUGAUCAAGGGUUUCUUGUCUUCCAACACUGCCACGAUUACUUUUUGCCAAGCCAAAACAGAAGACUGCCGAUUCCUAGGUUGAUGAGUAGAUGCUGUCCGAGGCUCCAUGCCAUACAGUACAAAUAUUUCGGUGAAAAUACGGUCCAAAUAAAGAUAUGAGUUCUUAAAGCCGUACAUGCGGCCAUGAUGAAAGCCAUGCUUAAAGUUGUAAAGCCUGUGAGCAAUGUGGCAUGACGUACAAAAGCUGAUUUAUCGCCGGCUUUGUAUUUUCGAAUCAGGAUGAGGUUUGAAGCAGAUGUCCAGAAAAGAGGGCCGGCCCAGUUGCUCACAAGAGUCAGGACUCCAACAGCGACAACAUUGAAGCUGCUUAUUCCGUUAUAGGCACUGGAGAGGUCAACAGACGAAAUCGCGUUUGACCCUCCAAGUGCAAAGAAAGACGCGAACUGUAACAGAAUGGACGAGGUGGCUAACUCUGUGGAGUUGAGCUGGCUAACAGUGAGUGACUUGUAGAUGGUGUGAAACAGAAAGAAGACAGGAAGGUUUGUUGCUCGCGACUGGGUUAUGCAUAGCAAUGUCAACAAAUCGUGGAAAAUAGCGG